UUACGAGUAUGAUAAAUGAUUUGUAGUGGGCUGUUAUUUUUAGCUCAGCUGGAUGUAUCUUUCGAAACCGUGAAUCUUGAAACGACAGCAUUUUGGAAACUGCAACCAUCUCCUGAAGUUGAUGUAUUCUACUCAGUCAACUACACCAAAGAUGGCAAGCAAUGGACAUCUCCUCCAGAAUGUCAGAACGUCAUCAAUACCUUUUGUGUUCUUGGCGUGUUUGACAACAGUCGUACUUUUUCAAGCGAAGUGGAUUUGUUGACUGAUUGGACAGUUUGUGUUACAGCAAUGAUAGGUAGUGAAAUGAUAAAAGCCGAUAGUUGCAAAACAACAAAUCAGAAAUUUGAUGGUUCCGUUACCUGCCCAACGGAGAAUGAUGUCAACAUAUUUACAUUCAGUCGUAAAGUUGGCAUAUAUGUCCAGUCACCUAAAUCACCAUAUUAUCGAAAUGGGGCAGACAUGCGCAUUGACGAUUUAAAACGUGUUUUUUCUAUAUAUGUUAAAAUUACGGUUCGUGGCGGAGAUGGCAAAAUACUGGACCAGGAAUAUAAAGUACCUCUAAGAACAGAAUUCACCGGUCUUGUCCCGAACAGCUUAUACAAUAUUAGUAUCAAUUCAAAGUAUGGCUCAGGAUCAUCCUACGCUACUGACGACGACAACACAUGCAUAUUUCAGGUUCAAACGUUGGCAGAAGCUCCAGAAAAACCAGCAAGAAUUAUUGACAUUACAUCUAAUACAAAUAAGGCAUGCCUGUCACAUGAUGUCAAAGUUUAUUGGAAGGAACCAGACAAACAAUAUCUGCACGGGAAAAUCACACAGUAUGAUGUGCAAUACGCAAGUUACGACCACAACGCAACUGAUUCCGGAGUAGUGACCGUUAAUGCUUCUAAAAAUUACGCCACACUGUCAGAUUUAUCUUGUUGGAAGAAAUACAAAAUUAUACUUGUAAUGUGGAACUCUGUUGGAAAUAUUUCUGAUGUACGUUGGGAAAUUGGCUGGUGUGACGUAUAUAUUGAUUGGUUGAAACCAAGAGACAUCACAUUUAAUAACACACAUGUUUGGUGGAACAUCCCGUUAAAUUUCCCUAAUGGGUGCAUACGUCGAUAUAAGGUUACGGUAGAAACUGACCAGGGAAACUUUGCUCAACUUGAAACGGACAUGUCUAUAAUCAACGUACAACACUACGUGAUGCACAACGCCUCAACAUUAACAGUUCAAGUCACGCCGUUUAUCAUUAAUGGCAAUGAUACAGAUUUUACCGGUAGUGGAGCCUUGGAAAUAUUUCAUUUACGCCCACCAAACAGAGAAUCAAUUAUUGAUCAAGAACGUGGUUUUCAAGAAGUCAUGUACCUCAGUUUAUUUAUCAUGAUUGUAGUUCUACUACUGUUAAUGUUAGCAAUGGGCCUGUGUUACCGAAAAUAUACAAAGAACAAAUUUCAUCGUCCCGAGUGGCUUGUGUCACACAAAUAUACAGACAUGUGCAGCAAUGUACCAUUUCAUAAGGACAGCAAUCCGAUGGAAGUGUUUGAUCAACUCCUAUCGCCAUCGGAUAAGAAGUUGCCACCGCAAAAUAGAGAUAGGCCUAUUGCCAGUUCGGAACUUGAACCGGUAAUGAUCACCCUUACAGAAAAUGUAAUAAGUGAUAUCGAAGAACAAUCUAUAGUAAAUACAUGUUCAUAUGCAAAAAUUAAUUUCGAGAUGAUGUCUAAAAUUCAAGAAGAAAACAAUUUGAACAUUGAAAACAAAUCCAUUUCUGUAAUACCAGCUGAAACCUCGGAAUCAUCAGGAAUGUCGUGUCUCUCAAAAUAUUCAACAGAGCAAUACGUAAAAGCGGAUUUUGGAUUCCCGGUGGUAGGAAGAAGUAACGAUUCCGGAUAUGUGACCAAUAGGCCUAUGCCUAUUAUUACAAAAACAAACUAUUUACCUGUGAAGACCAUCGUUUCGGGUGGAAGCCCGGUACAGACCCAGGUGCUACAAUACUCACUGUAGUCGGGAGAUUUUAAAAUUAUCUACAACAGCAGAUAUAAUGUAAUGUUUAUUUAAUUAAAUUACACAGCAAGCAGUAAUUUGUUGUAAACACCAAGGAUAACCCCCACUUAUUUCCAAGGUGGCCGUGGG